CUCCAUACGACCGAGUCAUACAUACUAGGGUUUCUAGGGUUUUAUAUAUAAAGCUAUUUUUCUUGGACGGUGGAACGAAGAAGAGGCAUAAUACAAGAAGCGGCGGACAGCAGAUACUCAGAGAUCUCAGAUUUGGAGGCUUGGAGCAACUUACAAUGUCUGGGAAGAAGAAGACCAGAGAAGUUAAGGAGGAAAAUGUUACUCUAGGACCUGCAGUUAGGGAAGGAGAACAUGUGUUUGGCGUAGCCCACAUAUUUGCUUCUUUCAAUGAUACAUUUGUGCAUGUGACUGAUUUGUCUGGAAAGGAAACACUUGCCCGUGUUACUGGUGGCAUGAAGGUCAAAGCUGACAGAGAUGAAUCAUCACCAUAUGCUGCAAUGCUUGCUGCACAAGAUGUUGCACAAAGAUGCAAGGAGCUUGGCAUAACUGCCUUGCAUAUUAAGCUUCGGGCAACAGGAGGGAAUAAGACAAAGACUCCUGGACCUGGAGCACAAUCAGCUCUUCGUGCUCUUGCUCGAUCUGGAAUGAGAAUCGGUCGCAUAGAGGAUGUGACUCCCAUUCCAACAGACAGUACCAGAAGAAAGGGUGGACGAAGAGGAAGAAGGCUGUAGUAUUUUUGUUGGAUGCUAUUAUUUGUUUUGGCAGUUUAUAAGUAAGUGUUAUUUGGUGGAACAUGAGGUCAAGAGGACUUUUCUGUUCUUAAGUUUACUCUAGUACAUUGCAUGAUUUGCAAAUACAAGAGUACAUGAUUUGAUAUCGGUACUUUGGGCCUAUUUUUGCAUAAUUCAGUUGUAUGAGUGGUUUUUAAUUUUAUUCUGUAAAAGAACUAGGAAAUAUGGUGUUUAGUUAUAGAACAACUUUUUUGUGCAAAACCUAUUGCUUUUUUAUUGGAAUUUAUAUAUAGUUUAUAGAAUUUAGUUA